UGCGAAGCGAAUGAAAAUAUAGGCGAAUUUCUCCGAAUUGUGAGAUGCAAAUUCGCCGCAAAUUUGCGAACGAGUGGCGAAAAUGAAUUUCUUGUAUUGCCACUAGCGAAAAUUCGACAUUCGCUUCGCCAAAGCUGUCAAAAUUUUUCGACUGUUUAUUUUGUUCGCGUUUGAAAAUGACGUUAGUAAACUUUCGUCUUAUUUAUUUAAUAAAAUCUAAUUUUCAGAACAAAACGGACAACAACGCAGCAGUUCAAAAAGCUGGUUAGCAUAUUGGAAAAUAAUCCGGACGUCGCAAGAGGGAUGGGGAGUUUCGGUUCCACAAAGAAGAUCAGGGCAGAGUUGUGGAAGAAGUUCGCUACCGAACUUAACGCCAUUGGUCCUCCAAUACGUAGCGGACGCGAGUGGAAUAAGGUUUGGUUAGACUACAAACUUAAGCUGAAAAAAAAAUUGCCACAAAACCGGCGCGAAAAUGUGGCCACAGGAGGAGGACCGUACACGCAGCAAAGUUUAACUCCACUAGAGCGAACGGUCGAUGAGCUGCUCCACCUGCAGGAAGCAGUGAACCCUACAGGCUCUUCAUUUGGCACCAACGUGGCAGAAACGACGGUGAGUGCCAAUGAAUUAGAUGCAGAAGUGCCCCUGGGCGAACAAGCUCUACAAGUGGAUUUCGCACCGGGACCAUCAACUCCCCGGAAGACGUACGAAUUAAAAAAAGAAGAACUAAAUUUAUUAAAACUGAAGGAAGAAAGGAAGACAACAUAAAGAAAAGAUGGAAAUUAAACUAAAGGAAUUAGAACUAAAAACAUUAAAAUACAGCCAAAAGUAGGUUGGAGUAUUCUUAUGACCAACUUUUCGUUAGAUAUAUUUUAACCCUCUAGUAGGGUGAACCGCCUCCAGACGGUCGUUAACUAAACACGUACAUA